UCACCGAGUGGCGUCCACUGGAUCCCCAUCCAACGGUGCGGGCACGUCAAAUCCUUCACUGCCAGACAGUUGGACGCCGGUCCUUAGCCACCCCCGCCUACCCAUCCAGAUAAGGCGCCACGGCCACCUGCCGUCCAAAGCUGUUGCCUGCCACCAAUGGAGACCACCGCCUCAUGGCGCCUCCUCCCGGCUGCGUCCUCGCCGCGUCCCUCCCUGCUUCAAGCCAGACGGCAGGCGACCUUCCCUUCGUCUCUUCAACAGCCGGCGAUCUCCAAGUCCAGGAUCCUCUGCCUUCUCCAUGACAAGCCUGCCCCUACCGCCCAGAGCUCGCAGCUGCAGAAGCUGGCCUCCGUGUUGCAGUGCGGCGCCGUCUGGGCAGCAGUGCAGGCCCCGGCUGCUCUGGCGACGGUGAGCGGGGAGGAGGACCUCGACCUCCUGGGGAUCCUGCCGCCGGUGGCCGCGAUCGCCUUCGUCUACCUCUUCGUUGCUCCCCCGAUUAUCAUGAACUGGAUGAGGCUGAGGUGGUUCAAGCGCAAGUUCGUCGAGACGUACCUGCAGUUCAUGUUCACUUACCUCUUCUUCCCCGGUUUGAUGCUGUGGGCACCGUUCGUCAAUUUCAGAAAGUUCCCAAGGGAUAAAACCAUGAAGUACCCUUGGUCAAAACCCAAGGAAGGCACCCCGCUGUUCAAGGACAGAUACCCACAAAUUGACUCCUUCAGAGAGAAGUACUACUAGUAUAUACGUACUGUAACAAAUGCAGAUAUGGAUGAUCAGGAGCGACGUUUCUUUUACAGAUUGACGUGCCUCUGUAAUAUAUAUUUUUCACAUGUUCUAUUUGGACGCCCCAAGCAUAUUCUAGGGCCCGCCAUGAGCCCGUAAAGGAAAAUCUAGGGGAAUGGUCAUAAUCAUCAUUGGACGUGUUUGGUUGCUCA